AUGUGGGCAGUGCUGCUGUGUGGAGCAGCUGUCGUUCUGGGGCUGGGGUUGCUGCUGGGCUUCCUGGCCACCAGGGGGAGACACAAAGUCUUCAGCCAGGACUGUCUGCGGCCUCUGGGACCUCUGGUCACCAACAGCAAGCAGAGAGAUGAGGUGCUGAAGAAGGGGUUCCGUGUGGACCGCGUUCCGGAGCAUCUGGACGCCGUGGUGAUCGGCAGUGGGAUCGGAGGGUUGACGGCGGCCGCAGUCCUGGCAAAGGCCGGUAAGAAGGUUCUGGUUCUGGAGCAACACGACCAGGCUGGUGGCUGCUGUCACACCUUCCAGAACCAGGGCUUUGAGUUUGACGUAGGUAUCCACUACCUGGGCCAGCUCCACGAGGGCAGCCUGCUGAGGGUGGUCCUGGAUCAGAUCACGGAGGGCCAGUUGCAGUUCGCCCGGCUGGAGCAGCAUUACGACACGCUGAUCCUGGGUCAGGGAGAGAGUCGCAGGGAGUACCACCUCCACGCUGGCAAGACGGAGAUGGCUGCCAGCCUCCGGAGGCAGUUCCCCGGAGAGGAGGAGGCCGUGGACGAGCUGAUCAGGCUGAUGAAGCUGGCAGCUCGCCGCGCCCCUCUCAUCGCCUCUCUGAAGAUGAUCCCUCUGUGGUUGGUCCACUUCCUGAUCAAGACCGGCCUAUUGGAGCGCAUUUCUUCAGUUUUCCGCCUGGCAACAACCAGCCACUCUGAGAUGAUGUCCCGACUCACUCAGAACAAAGAUCUACAGGCCCUGUCUGCCUACCUUUUCUAUGGCGUCCCUCCGAAGGACUCCAGCUUCCUGAUCAACGCGCUGCUGUUGCACCACUACAAGCGUGGCGCCUACUACCCCAGAGGGGGCGCCAGCGAGUUUGCCUUCAACAUCAUCCCAGUCAUCCGGAAGGCAGGGGGCGCUGUGUUGGUCAGAGCACCUGUGCAGCGAGUCCUGGUGGACCAGCUCGGCAGCGCCUACGGGGUGACGGUGCGGAAGAGACAGGAGGAAGUUGAGGUCCUGGCUCCGGUGAUCAUCUCCAACGCUGGCAUCUUCAACACCUUCCAGAAGUUUCUGCCUCCGCAGGUGCAGGCCAAGGCAGAGGUGCGCUCCUUGCUGGGCAUGGUGCGUCAUGGGAUGGGCUCUUUCCUGGUCUUCGUGGGUCUGGACGGCAGCAAGGAGGAGCUGGGUAUCGUCUCCACCAACUUCUGGAUGUACAAACACAACGACCUGGACGCAAUGAUGGAGCGCUACAGUUCUCUGAGCAGAGACGAGGUGUUGGGAAACAUUCCUAUGAUGUUCAUCACCUUCCCCUCCGCUAAAGACCCCAGCUCCAGCCUCAGGCACCCAGGUAAGUCGUGUAUGACGCUGCUGACCAUGGCUCGAUUUGAGUGGUUUGAGGAGUGGCAGGACACCAGCUUGAGCAGGAGAGGACAGGACUACCUGGAGCUGAAGAUGGCCAUGGCCCACGAGCUUCUGGACUGGGCUCUGGACAUCUUCCCUCAGCUCCGAGACAAGGUGACGUUCCUGGACGCAGCCACACCCCUGACCAACAUGCACUACCUGGGCGCUCCGCGAGGUCAGAUGUACGGGGCGGAGCAUAACCUGGGGCGCUUCAGCCCGGAGGUGGUGGCCCACACCCGCGCCCAGACGCCAGUCAGCGGCCUCUACCUGACAGGUCAGGACGUGUUCUGUAACGGGAUGGCAGGGGCAGUGCACGGAGGCCUGCUGUGUGCCUCAGCUGUCCUCAAUCAGGUCCUCUACAUGGAGCUGCUGGCUCUGAAGAAGAUCACCAAGCUGCAGAGACGCAAACAGGCCUGAGAGUGACAUCCCUGCUGCUGCACCAAUCAGCUCCUGACACAUCACUGAGGAGGAACUAGAAUGAUGAUGAUGAUGAAGAUGAUGAAGAUGACGAAGAUGACGAAGAUGACGAAGAUGACGAAGAUGA